UUCACAUCUACACACAACAACCGGUUGGAUCCCGUGUGCUGCUGUCGGGGAGAGAGGCAGAAAAACCAAGUUUCUGACCACAACAGAUUAGCAUUGGAUUAGGUAGUGACUAUGUCAGAAGGAGACCGGCCUAGAAGUGGCCUGAGUCAAGCAAGCAGCACAGCUACCAUCACUUCGGUCUCCAUGGGAACAAAGCCACACACAACCCGGCCUAUCCCAAAGGUACACACUUUUGGAAAGAGGGCAGAUUCCAUCAAGAGAGAUCCUAAUAUGCCUGUCAUCAUGCGGGGAUGGCUUUAUAAAAAGGACAGUUCUGGACUUAAACUCUGGAAACGGCGUUGGUUUGUCCUUUCUAAUUACUGCCUCUUCUAUUAUCGAGACAGCCGAGAAGAGAUGGUCUUGGGCAGCAUCCCUCUCCCUAGCUAUGAGAUUCGGACAGCGUUCUCCAAGGAGAAAAAGAACAGGCGCUUUGUGUUCAAGGCGGAACAUCCUGGCAUGAGAACCUAUUAUUUCAGCGCUGAAACUCAGUUGGACAUGAAUAGCUGGAUCUGGGCCAUGAAACAAUCGGCUGCAGCUGAGUGCGACUAUGGAAACUACAAUAGGAGUCUCCAUAACCAGUCCGUGUCUGCCCACACCAGCUAUGAGGACUGCACACUCACCCAGAAUGACUUUGCCAAAAGUGCCGAAUCCUUAGAAAUUGCCCGUAUAUCAGAGACACAGGACGCAGAGGCCUCUUCACUUGAAAACAUCCAGGUCGGUCAGAAAGAAUCUCCGUGCCCUGGCAGGGCUUCCUUAUCUGCCUCAUUCAAUGGGGGAUACCUUCAAGAAAGAAUAGAGCAACCAGAUCUAAGCUCCCUCUCUUCCCAGACGGAUGGAUGUGCCUCGCCCCUUAUCCACACAAAGUUUUCCAUACGGCCACGGUCCCCACCGCCUCACCCCUCUGAAAAUCCCUCGCCUACCUCUUCUUUUCGGACCCUUCAGCCUUCCCCUCUGCUUUCUAUUCGCUCCUCGCGUUCCUACUCUCUCCCCUUGACUCCGGUGGAAUCUCCUCUGAUACCAGACGCUCGUUCGUCACCCCCUCGGGCCCGCCGGAAACCCCCACGAUCUGCAGCCGCACAGGCUGCAUCGUGCGACGACCUGUCCGCUAUGACUGCUCACAGGGCUCUCGCACGCCCCAACACGCCCAUGGGGAGGGUAGACAUUGCUCCCAGCGAGGGCCUCCCCCACAACCCCUAUGCUGUUCUGUCACCUAGCACCAGGGGGCACGCUCUCACUCCUGCCGACCGGUACGACGUGUUCCCUUCCUCUGAAGAUCCCUAUUGCCGGCGAUACACUCGAAGUCCUCAUCCCAGCAGAGCCCGGCCUGUGGGUGAGGAAGGCCUAACACCCUCCUUAGGGAGACAGCAACAGAGCAGAUUUGCAGACCGUGGUUACAUCUCACCAUCCAGUGGAACAUCUCGAACUUUGGUCAUGUCUCGGCUUCAUGGCCGAUUGAUCUCCCCCCAUUCGGCUUCAUCCAGCUACCUUCACCUGCCGCCCCUGCCCCCACUUCCCAACAGGUCCAAUCCUGGGAAAAGGACCAUGUGCCGAACUCUGGUGCGGGAGAGGAGUAUCCAUAAUGCUAGCGGACAGCAAUUCGAAAAUGACACUGAUGCUCUCUUGACAAAACUGUGUGGCCAAGACAAAGUGCUUCGUGGUCUGGAAGAGGAGAUAGGCCACCUCUGGACUGAAAAGGAACGUCUUGAAAAGGCCUUGGAGGUGAUGCGCCUGCGGCUUGAGGAAUUUAAAGGCCAAGAUGCAACGAUGGAGAAGAUCUGCUGCCAGCAACGGCAGCUGCAGGAUGAGUUGGUGCAAGUCCGAGCACGCCUGUGUGAUCUGGCGCUGGACAGUGACCGAGCAUGGGAAGAUUAUUCAGGCUUGGAAAGUGAGCUGCAGUUGCUGAAGGGCUCCUUAGAGCACAUCCGGAAUGUAGGGCACCCCCAGGACCAAGCAUCUGCUCAGCAAGAUUUGUGGAGGAUACAUGACAUCCUAGCCGGUCUGAGAGCCAGCCCAGCAAACUAUCUCACCUUGGAAAGCAGGCGGACGGGGGCAUCUCCAGCCACAACUCCAGUUCUGGAUUCUCAUCUGGGAAUGAGCCAUAAUGCCCUGCUGCCCUGUCCUGGAGAAGAGAAAGAAUCCGAAACCGCUCCUCCUCCGGGAUCCUCACUUUUCUACCACGAAGCCAUAUCAAGCCACGGGCUCGUCACACAGGAGCCUGGCAGAACUGUGGGCCAAGCAGAAAGCAAGCAGCAGGACAAUCCCAGUGGAGGAGAACAGCCUAAUCCAUCUUCUUCCAGCAGAGGGCAGCAGGGGGCAUUAUGGCAUUCUUCCAGUGAGCGAGUGAAAAUUGAGAAAAGGAGCCCUGCGAGGGAAACAGAUGCUCUUGGUUCAGACCAUGGAAGCCACACCAACAUACUCUGUGAAGACGGCGGCCACAGCAGAGCCAAGGCGGUCUCCUCUGAUACUACUGCCCCCCGUCGUUCCCGCAUGAGUGCCCAGGAACAGCUUGACAGAAUGCAACGGAACCAAGAAGCUCAAAGGAAAUCGGAAGCCUCCCAGCUCAACCCUUCGGGUCACUGGCGAGACUCUCUCAAGCGUGGGUCUAGCCGGCCCCUCCCCAAUAACCCCCCUGAGUCAUCACCCAAGGAGGGCGUUCAAACUGGGGGAAACAAGCCUCGGUGCCCCCCAACCCCUGAGUGGGAGCGACAGCGAGUAAUCCAGCUUUCCUACGCGCUGGCGGCAGAGGCUUCACAGCGGGGGAAACGCAUCACAGGAAGGACCAACUCUCGCUCCUCCUUAGACAAUUUCCCUGGGUCACAUGAUAGCCUGGACCAUCAUCACCUCCCCAGUGACAAUAACUCUGAGUUAGAAGCCAACAGUGUGGCAUCCAAGCACAACCAAACAACUACCCAGAACCUAAGUUAUGGUGGUGACUCCAAAGCUGCAAAUCACACAGUGCCUUCAUCCCAAGCAUCCAAUCACAUGUCAUGUGCCUCAGAAGUUUCCAAUUGGUCAUUACCUCUCCCAGAGGAGUCCAAUCGGGUGUCAUCACAGCCCAGGGUUCCAAAGUCUGUUUUGCACCAUCCAGAAUCUACCAAUGAGGAGCUGUCUCUAAAGAGUCCACCUUUGAUGGCACCGCUGCCUCAAUCAGCCAAUCGGAACUUGUCUGUCUCCAGAACAACCAGUUGGGAUCCAUCUCCAUUUUGGGACUAUGAAGUGUGGGCAUCUGAGCAAAGCCUUGUGCAGAAUCAGGGCCCAAGCAAUGGCAGGUGCCCAAGGUGGAGAGGUGAGAAUAAGUCUCAUCAGGUGGUAGCAUACCUUCAUGAGACUGCUCAGCCUAUCAAGGUCACACUAGUGAAAUCCAGUUUUUAGCUCCAAUGGGCAGAUGGCAGGAAUAAAGAAAUGGGCCCCGACACUCCGGUAUUUUCCCAUCUGACAAAAAGAUGGUGAAGGGACAGGGACAAGGCUCAUUCAGUGGCCAUCUCAAAGAGAGCUCAAAUCCCCGAAAGGGUUCACCACCUCGUAACCACACUUUAAAGCUCUUGGUUUCAAUCCCAAGGAUCUAGGUACAGUCUCAGAAACCCAAUGAUGCUGUCAUAUACUCACUCACGUGAAAGCACGUGUGUGCGCGCACACCCCAUUUUUUUAUUGAGCAUGCAUUUAUCCACAUGGACACAAGUGUUCACUAGCCUAUUGCUUUUAUACUAAUUUGCGCACACAAGUUUAGAAACAUGUUUUACUAGGCAGUUUUCUUUCAGCCCUAACUGUGUUUGCACCCCUCUGAGAGGGGCUCUUAAUGUCGGAGCCAAGAUGUCCCUGCAGCAGGAGCCCCGGGAAUCCUGCCCUCUCACUGCCUGCUAUUCUGUUAUUCCUGUUUUCCAGGUGGAGGGAAGGAACCCCAAGUCUGUGCAGUGAGUUGGAGGCCAAAGGGUUGGCCUCUUCAUACUACAGACUUUUAGGCCUUGGGCAGGGAGAGGGUUGGGGGAAGGUUUCUCUUAUGAUUCUUAAGAAUAAGACAUCCAUUGUCACAGGUGUGCAAACACACCAUUGGGCAUCGUUGUUCAAACAUGGUCCUACUUUUUAAAAGUUCCCACCUUCCCAUCCACUCAGACCUUUUCCUGAGGUACACAUUAAUGCUUGAGUGAUAAUAAUAAUAAUAAUAAUAGUAUUUGUAUAGAGCUUUAAGUGUCCAAAAUGCUUCACAUGUGCAUUAUCGUAUUGGGAAUCCUUACAAUAGUCUGUAAGGUAGGCCAGUAUCUAUUAUUCCCCAUACUGCUGAUGGGAGGAAGCUGAGGAAAAGUGACAUGAUUAGUGUCAUCAAAUGAGAAUUUUAAAAGAGGCACGAUUUGAACUGGAGACCUCCCAGCUCAUUCUCAGCCAUUAUGCGACCUCAGCGUCUUCUUCCAUGACAAUUCUGCUAUGCAUCAUAGAAUUUUUUAAAUAGUUCUUCCCACCCACAAAUGCUGAUGUUGUUCAUUUGUAGCACAUGAAUGACCUAAAGGGGGAAAAAAGCUUACUAAAAAAAAAUCCUAAAAAUUCCCUGCUUGAUCAUCUGGAGGCAAUUAAUUAAUUACCAUAGGUGACCAAGUGAGUGGCUAUUUGUAAGCAUGUGCAAAGGAUUUCACAGUGGUUGUCUUCUGCAAAGAUGGUAAAUUUCCAACAUGAGAGAAAACAAAAAGGCCUACUGUAUUAAGGUUCAGUAGCAGUUUGUAACUGUAUUUUUAUGGUUUGGGGGGUUAAUUUUUUUUCCUUUGGCUCAGCUGCCCUCUAAUGCAUUUUGAGUCCUCUCAAGACUGUUCAAUUGAUCAUGUAAUUUUUAAAAAAAUUAAAAUUGACUUAGAUUGUGAAUGGAUAAUUGUUGGCCUUCACAUACAUUAGAGGGAAUGCAAACUGUGAUUUCAAAGUAACUGAGGCUGUGUGAUAUCAAAGGGGAAAAUAAAUUAAUUAUCUUCCAAUAGUGCAGGGACAGUGGCCAGGACAGUUACAGAAUGCCUGUCCAAACAUGCUCAAGGAACAUGGCAUGAAGGUUAGAGCCUGUUACAUGAAGCAUUAACUUUGAUAUGAAUGAAAUCCAAAGUAUUCAUUAACGUUUUGCAACAAAUCACACAAAAACCUCUAGUGCUAGCAAACUCUUGAACACAGAGCGGCAAUCAAGAAGGGGAAAAAUUGGUGGAAGGAGAGACAAUUGGAGGAGGUGAGGGGGGAGAAGAGAAUCCGUGUAAGGGAAGGUUUUGGGUUUGGUGGGAGAGAAAUGACGGAGAGAAGGCCAGUGGCUGGAGAAAUUCAGGAAGAAGUAGAGGGAUAGCAGGGGACUGCUGAUGUUACAAAGCUAUGGGCAUCUCUAGGGACAUUGGAUAGUUUUGGGCUCUCAUAGCUCUGGAAGGGACCCAUCCUCCAAACUGGCUUCCCCAGUUUCACUGAGACAGCCCGCUUCCCACUUUCCUGGAUAGAGAGUAGGGAUCUGGAUUUAGCAAACAAUGCAGGGAAAUCAAAGCUCUGAAAGGAAAAGAAUUAUGAGAUCAAACAGUUUCAGACACAUCAGGACUGAGCAGGCUGGAGGAAGGAUCUCUGAACAGCAGCCUGCACACAGCUUCGUCUCAGCUUGGGAUGAGACGUCUGUAUGAACAGGGACUUGAGUAACCAGGGAGGUAGUUGCAACCUUCCCUUGCAUUUUAGUUACUACUGCUCCCUUCCCUUGUUCAGCUGGAUCCAAGUUGUUGUAUACUCAAUAAAAUCUUCAUGUUACCCAU